AUGGUUAGAUUGACUAGAAAACAGACUAUUGAAAAUGAGUUGAAUGGUUCCCCAUUAACAAAAACUCUUUCAAUGGAAUCAAUAUCUUCGUUGUUUAAACGCAAGAGAAAGAGAGGUGAAGAUGAUACUGACACAAAUAAAUCAACAUCAGACAAUGAAGAUGUUACAGAGAUGGAAGAAGAUGCCACUGAAGAAGGAGAGGAGAAAUCAGAUGAUGUUCACCAUCAUAACAAGAAAAGAAGGAUUAAAACAAAAGAGGAAGAAGAGUUUGAAGCACGUGAAAAGGAAUUAGACCAACAACUUCCACCUGAACUUAGAAAAUAUAGACCAAGAGGUUAUUCUUUCAACUUACCACCACAGGGCAGGCCAAUUAGAGUUUAUGCUGAUGGUGUAUUUGAUUUAUUCCAUUUGGGUCAUAUGAAACAAUUGGAACAAGCUAAAAAAGCAUUUGAUAAUGUUGAAUUGGUUUGCGGAAUUCCGUCAGAUGUCGAAACUCAUAAACGUAAAGGGCUUACUGUGUUGACCGACAAACAAAGAUGCGAAACUUUGAAGCAAUGCAAAUGGGUUGAUGAAGUUAUUCCUAAUGCUCCAUGGUGUGUAACUCCGGAAUUUUUGCAACAACACAAGAUUGAUUAUGUUGCUCAUGACGACUUGCCAUAUGCCAGUUCUGAUAGUGAUGAUAUCUAUAAGCCUAUAAAGGAGGAAGGCAAGUUUUUAACCACACAAAGAACAAAAGGUAUCUCCACCUCAGACAUCAUAACAAAGAUUAUACGUGAUUAUGACAAAUAUUUAAUGAGAAAUUUUGCUAGAGGCGCCACAAGAGAAGAUUUAAAUGUUAGUUGGCUUAAAAAGAAUGAACUUGAAUUCAAAAAACAUAUUAAUGAUUUUAGAACCUACUGGAUGAGAAACAAGACAAAUAUCAACAAUGUCAGUAGAGAUUUAUAUUUCGAAAUCAGAGAAUUUAUGCGUGGUCGUAAAUUCAAUGUCAAGCAGUAUUUGGAAACUCACCAAAAUGGAGGCCUAAGAAGACUUAAUAACAAUUCUGCAAACAAGUCAUUGACUACUGAUGAUGAAGAUGAUUCACCGACAAAGGGAAGUCCAUUGUCAGAUUUUGCUUCAAAAUACAUUGGCAAUGCCAACAAGGAAUUAAACAAGACGGGAAAAGCGUUUAUUUCAUGGAUACAAGGCGACAAUGAUGAUGAAAAUGCUUAUGAUGAGGAUGCUGAUGAGAUUGAAGAGGGAGACGAAGAAGAAAUUAAGCCAAUUGUAGUCAAGCCAGUGAGAAGAGCUAGACGCAGAAGCAGUAGUGCCGGUAGCUCUGUUGGUAUGGCUAGUACUCCAGUCAAAUCGAAAUCAAAAUCAAGUGCAUCAAAGAGUUCACUGACAACUACCCCAAAAGCAACAGCCACAGCCACAGCCACAGCCACACCAAAAUCAAACACAACAUCACAAGCAAAGUCUCUGGCUACACCAAAGACUGCCCUGGCCACACCAAGAAAGAAAACUCCAAGAAGUAAAGCUUCCACCAGUUAA